AUGCAGGUCUAUAUCGUUUACAUGGGUCACCUGCCUUCCGAGGGAUACAUAACCGAGUCCCACCACCUUAAUUUGCUAGAUCAAGUGCUUGACGGCAGUUCAGCCAGAGAAAACUUGGUUUAUAGCUAUAGAAGAAGCUUUAAUGGACUUGCAGCUAAGCUCACCAAGCAAGAGAAAGAAAAACUAGCUGGUAUGGAAGGCAUAGUAUCAGUUUUCCCAAGCAAGAACCUCAAACCCCACACCACAAGAUCAUGGGAUUUCCUACGCUUCCCUGAGACCGUUAGGCGGAACCCAGCAUUGGAGAGUGAUGUUAUAAUCGGAAUGUUGGAUACUGGGAUCUGGCCAGAAUCUAAAUCUUUUAGUGAUGAAGGUGUGGGACCACGACCAAGUAAAUGGAAGGGAGCUUGCAUAAGUUUAAAAUGCAACAAUAAAAUUAUCGGAGCACGCUACUACCAUAGCUUGAGUGAAUCCUCGGACAGUGAAGACUCUGCACGUGAUUUUGAUGGCCAUGGCACCCACACUGCAUCCACUGCGGCCGGCCGCAGUGUGCAAAAUACAAGCCUAUAUGGCCUCGCCGGAGGGACCGCCAGAGGUGCAGCGCCAUCCGCCAGGAUUGCUGUGUACAAAAUAUGUUGGGAAGUAUGCGGAGAACAUGACAUCUUAGCAGCAUUCAACGAUGCCGUCGCCGAUGGGGUUGACAUCAUAUCCAUUUCAGUUGGGAGCUAUGCUGCAGAAGACUACUUCAAUGACGUAAUAGCCAUUGGGGCCUUCCAUGCAAUGAGGAAAGGGAUCCUAGUAUCAGCCUCCGGAGGUAACAAUGGACCGGACCGUGGGACAGUUUCUAACGUUGCACCAUGGAUGUUGGUUUCAGCGGCUAGCAGCACUGAUAGACACAUCAUAGACAAAUUGGUAAUGGGAAAUCGAAGGACCAUUGUGGGAACUUCUAUCAAUACUUUUCCUACAGAGAAGAGGUCCUACCCUUUCAUAUCUGCUGAGACAUGUUAUAACUUGACGCAAGACAUGGUGAAAGGGAAAAUAGUUUUCUGUGGAACCAGUGCUGAUGUAUCAGGUCCUUUUCUCGCUGGCGCUGAGGGAGUAGUUAUGCUAGGUACUGAUAUCGAUUUCGCAUUCUCGUACCCUCUUCCAGCCCUGACUGUGAGCAGUUCCGAGCGCAGUAGUCUGAUUGAGUACAUCAACAAGACCAGGAAUCCUGUGGCUAAUAUACAUAAAAGUGAAGCCGUCUUCGAUUCUACUGCUCCUGUUAUUGCUUCGUUCUCAUCGAGAGGGCCAAAUAUAAUCACACCUGAUAUUUUGAAGCCUGAUAUUAGUGCACCAGGAAUUAACAUCUUGGCCGGCUGGUCUCCGGAAGCCUCCAUGUCAGAAUAUGACAAUGACACACGAUCGGUUAUGUACAACAUCGUAUCAGGAACUUCCAUGGCCUGCCCUCAUGUUACUGGCGCUGCUGCUUACGUGAAGUCAUUUCACCCGAAGUGGUCUCCUGCAGCCAUCAUGUCUGCUCUUGUCACGACUGCUUCUCCGAUGAACCUUUCGCUCCAUCAGGAUGCUGAACUGGCCUAUGGAGCUGGCCAAGUCAACCCAAGAAAGGCAGUUAAUCCUGGUCUGGUGUAUGAUGCUACUGCACAGGACUAUAUUAAAAUGUUAUGUGACCAAGGUUACAAUGUAUCCAUGAUUAGACGCAUAAGUGGAGAAAAGAGCAGCUGUUCCAAGAGCAAGAAGGGAAGUGCAAGGGGUCUAAACUACCCUACCAUGGCUUUGUUUGUUAAAUUGGACAAGCCCUUCAUAGGAAAGUUCUUGAGAACCGUCACCAAUGUUGGCAAAGAGGACUCCAAAUACACAGCAAGAAUUAGCUCAGAUCCCAAACUAAAGGUCACUGUAGAACCCAACCAAUUAUCAUUUAGAAAAUUGCACGAGAAUCAAAAGUUUGUCGUGACUGUUUCUGGGCGACUGCAUGGGAUGAAUUCCCUUGCAUCUGCUUCAGUUAUAUGGUCUGAUGGCAAGCACAGCGUGAGGAGCCCUAUAAUUGUGCACACAAAGAACAAAGAGCAAUAA